AUGCUGCUUCAGAUCCUGGUGCCUUUUCUGCUGGCCGGGCUCGGGACUAUCUGUGCUGGGAUGCUGCUUGAAGUGGUGCAGAGCUGGGACGUGUUCCAGGAAAUCACAGAACUUUUUAUCCUGGUCCCUGCAGUGUUAGGCAUGAAGGGUAACCUGGAAAUGACUUUAGCCUCGAGACUCUCCACUGCUGUGAAUGCAGAAAAAAUGGAGUCCACCAGAGAAAAGUGGAUGUUGAUCAUGGGGAACUUGGCGCUGAAGCAGCUUCAGGCCACAGUGCUCGGGCUGUUAGCCUCUUUGAUGGCGACUGUGUUGGGUUGGAUGGCAGAAGGACAGAUGCCUCUGCAUCACAUAAUGCUCCUGUGUUCUGCCAGUGUUUCUACCACCUUCUUUGCUUCAUUGCUGCAAGGUAUUAUUAUGGUGGGAGUGAUCCUUGGCUCCAUGCGGAUGGGAAUCAACCCUGAUAACGUGGCCACACCGAUGGCUGCCAGUUUUGGAGAUCUCAUCACUCUUGCCUUGCUGGCCUGCUUCAGUCAGUGGUUCUUCUCCCUCAUAGAGCUGUAUCCCUACGUGUUGUACCUGGUGGAUAUGUUAUUUAUAUGCCUGAUUCCUCUUUGGGUGGUCAUCUCCUCCAAACAUCCAGCCAGUCAGCUCCUGCUCCGCACGGGCUGGGAACCAAUCAUAACAGCUAUGGUCAUCAGCAGUAUUGGAGGACUUAUUCUGGACAAGGCUGUAUCCGAUCCAAACCUGGCAGGAAUCAUAGUUUAUGCACCAGUCAUAAAUGGUAUUGGAGGGAACCUCGUCUCCAUUCAGGCCAGUCGUAUUUCCACUAAUCUGCAUUUGAAUUACUCACAUAAAGAGGUACCUGAAGACCGUAAAGGCUGUUUUAGCCCUUGCCACACUUUCUUUGGUUCAGGAGCAAACCAUCGAUGUGCUCAGGUUCUUCUUCUUCUGGUGAUCCCCGGUCAGAUCGUCUUCUUACACGCUAUCCACCUUUUAAAAGGAGGCCACACUUUGCCCAGUGCUCUCUUCACUGGUGCCUUCUUGUCUGCUUCCCUGAUUCAGGUCUUCUGCCUGCUUUGCAUAGCAGACUGUAUGGUCCACUUCCUGUGGCGUCAGGGUAAAGACCCCGACAGUUACUCAAUACCCUACCUCACAGCCCUUGGAGACUUACUAGGCACAGUUCUCCUCUCUCUAGCCUUUGUCCUGCUGUGGUACUUUGGUGACUCAGGCAUUGUAUAGGUUCAAAGAAAGGAACAUUUUGCAACAAAAACUCACUUAUUUCAAAGAGAUAACAAAUAUAAAUGUAAAAGUAACUGAACAUUUUCAACAAAGACAGUCAUCUAUUUAUUCUUUACAUUUUGUUUCACUUUGUCAUAAGUAUCCAACUAACAGAUUUAACAAAUGUGGUAUUUUUUCACGUCAAUUUAUAAUCCUCAAUCUGCCGGUUUCCUGACAACAUUGCCAGUCUUUGUUGACCUUAUGUCCCCCGAUGAGCAACUUUGCUUGCUAUUCAGUUUGGGGCCUUACAGGAUGUUUAUUAAAGCAUUUUCUGUGUUUCACAGCAACUUGCCAAAUAUAUGGAUGCUCACAAUAAGCUUAAGGCUCAUAUAGCACAGUAAGGGGCACUUCAUUGUAGCAACACUUAUUAAGAAACAUGCUUUUGUGACCUUUUUCUCAUUACACCAAUUGUUAUUAUAUAUGAAACAAAUAGAAUGUUCCUAACUUAAUACAAAAGUUUGGUAAAAAUGUGGA